AUGUCAACCAAACAACAGCUCCAGCUCUCACGAGUCAACAUCUUCAUUCAUUUCAAAGCACAAGGAACCAUCCAAGAUGUCGAUAUCAAACCAGGCUUUGCAGAAGGCAGGUACCUCCAAAUAAGCCCGAAUGGAAACCAGUUUACUGACGAGUACCUGCAGGUCCUACAAGAGAUCGAGACCCAGGCCAUCCUGUCCCAGCAGCAGCUGACGGUGGUCAAGUCCCAAAUCACAUCAAAGCAGCGAGACACUCGCAUGAUACAGCUUACAGAGUCAGAACUGAGCUCACUGCCAGCUUCUACCAAAGUCUACGAAGGCGUCGGGAAAAUGUUCAUCCAAGAGGAUACAUCUAAAGUCAAGAAGCGUCUAGAGACGGAAAGAAACACCUUGGAAGAGGAUAUCAAAGGUCUAAAGAAGAGGCAAACCUAUCUGGAGACAACUUACUCCAAUGCAUCGGACCAUAUGAACAAGAUUUUGAACAGAAGCGGUUAG